GCCCUCCUCACACACAUUCCUGUUUUCUCUCACUCUACCUCCCUCUCUCUAAUCCUUCUGUCUAUCCCUCAUCCUCACCCUCUCUCUCAUUCGCAUGCUCUCUUUCCUCACUCAUGCUUAUUACGUGACCAUCGAACGACUUCCCUCACGCCGUCGUCAUCGUUGUUGUUAUUGUCGUUCAAGUCUUCCUGCUUUUUUCCUUCCUUUAUUACUAUUUCAAACUACUACUAAUACUACUACUAUUACCACCACCAGUAUCUACAACAUUAUUAUUGUUAUUAUCAUUGCUAUUAUUCUCAGCGAGUCAGUGCCCGUCGUCUAUAUAAAACAGUAUUGCUAAACACUUACAUAUGAGAAUAUAUACACAUACAUGUAUAUAUACACAAACACACAAUCAGACAUAUACACACACAAAUAUACAUGCGUUUUACAAACUCACAUUGACUGACAGUCUUGACGUAUAAAGCAGUGAAUAUUGAAAGCGUGAUACACAGAGAUAUAUAUACACAUACCAGGGAGAGAAAAUACAUACACAGACACACAUACAAACGCACAUACAUACAUACACACAUACACACACAUACCCAAUUAUACAUACAUACAUACAUACAUACACAACCAAUUAACGUUGUUGUCACUUGGAUGUUGACGUAGAAAAAAAAAAACUGUCUUUUACCCUCUUUUGGAUUACAAAACAUUCGGUGAGUGUCAUUUCUGGAACUUCUGCUGAUUCAGCCGUUCCAAAAUUAACACUGUUGGAUUUUACUGUAAACCUGACUUGCUGGCAUUUCUCCGAAUUGCUGUUACAUGAAAGCAAAAACGAAAAGUUCAUUGAAAGUGGUCAGUCUUGCAAUUGCAUCCUACUAGAUCUGGCAACUUAUUACUGCUGUUUGCAGCAUUUUGUAUGGAAGCUUUCACAGUGAGGAUGCCCUCUGGUGGUUACAUAGCUGGCAAAGCUUUGACAAGGUGGGAAGCUGACACUGACAACAUCGAUAUAGACUAUCGUAGCCUUGAAGGAGACAACCGCUGUAAGUGGUUAAAUGAGUGUUUUAGUGGACGGAAAGGCCUUGUGCUACGAAUUUUAUUGGUCUUUGUUCUCUUUUGUGUUGGAUUAAUUGUUGGAUACAUAAUACGCCGGAAUGUACACGAGCAUUUUAUUGCACCAGCUACAAAAUGUGAGCCCCAGACACCACAGGGGUACUGGGACGGUAUUCGUGAAAAAAUUCUUGCAGAACUUGAUCGGCCCCGGAAUUAUGAACAGCAUUUACGGGAUAUUACCAGCAAGAUCUUUCUAUCUGGGGUUGGUGGCACAAAUAGACUAAUCCUAUAUGUUCGAUCAAUCUGGAAGUUUGAAGUCCCUGGAAUGAAUGCCGUUCAUUUGAAGAAGUACAACGUACAGCUUUCUUAUCCAAAUUGGGCUGAACCAAAUCAAGUUUUUAUCCAAGAUGGCAACAACACGUACUUUCAGUCACACUUUAAUUGGUCUAAUGAACAUGUGGAGUAUGCACCUUUCAAUGGAUAUGCACCUGCAGGAACAGUAAAGGGUCAUUUGUUAUAUGCUAACUAUGGGGAGAAAUCAGACUUUGAAAAACUGCAAAAUGUAAAUGGUAGCAUUGUCAUUAUGAGAUAUGGCCGAGUGCAUCCUGGGAGCAAGGUGAAACAUGCGGAGAAUUUUGGUGCCAUAGGGGCAAUCUUGUAUGGGGACCCAUUUGACUAUGCUUCCAAACAGUCAAGUGUAUAUCCGUCAUCUUGGUGGCUACCACCCUGGGCUGUCAAAAUAUCUCAUGUUCGCUAUACUCUCAGUGGGGAUCCCCAGACACCAGAUUAUGCAGCUUUAGAUCAUAUCCAUGAAAUACCUGAUUUUAGCAAGAGUUACCCGAAGAUUCCUGUACAUUCUGUCAGUUACUCUGAUGCUGAAGAACUUAUGAGGGAUCUGACGGGCAACAAUUUGGGAGCACAUUGGCUUGGAGGACUUAACAUCUCUUACAGUACUGGGCCUGGUUAUUCAGAACCUAGAAACAACAGGAUUGUGAACUUAACAGUAAACAACCAAAGAUCAAGAAGAGAUAUCAGUAAUAUUAUUGGGGUGAUCCGAGGAAAGUAUGAGAAAGAUAAAUAUAUUAUUGUUGGUGCUCAUGUUGAUUCAUGGACUCAGGGGGCAGUAGACUCAGGCAGUGGCUAUGCCAUCCUAAUGGAAUUGGUCAAGUCGUUCUCCAAUGUUAUGAAAAAAGAAGACUGGAGACCACGACGAACUAUCAUCUUUGCAUUAUGGGAUGCUACCAAAUAUGGGCAUAUUGGAGCCUAUGAAUGGGUUCAGGAAUACAAUAAACAGUUGAGUAGUGGUGCUGUAGCUUAUAUCAACCUAGAUGCUGUGAUUAGAGGAAACCACACAUUCUUUGCUGCAGCAAGUCCAUUACUUGUGGGACUUAUUCGUAAUGCCACUAAAACUGUUGCAUGUCCUUGCUCUGACAGUAGUUCAAAGCGAACUGUCUUUGACACUUGGCUCGACAAUUUCCCGAAUGCUGAUAAAAGUCAGCCUAAUGUUUCUCAGCUUCAUGGUGAUGGUGACCAUUCCCCAUUUCUUUAUCAACUGGGCAUCCCAUCUUUAGCCCCAGCUUAUAUGUACAACCAAAAUGUGUAUCCAUACCUACCAACCUACCCAGCUUAUAACACCUUAGUGGAUACAUUUGAUUACUUACGGAAUUUCAUAGACAGGGAUCUCACUCUUCAUAUGACGGUAGCCAAAGUCGUGGCUGAAGUAAUUCUUCGAUUGUCCGACUCACUCAUUCUCCCACUGGACGUUAACAACUACGUUUGGCAUGCACUCAGUGUUGGACGUGAAAUGCUAGGACGGUUUAACACAACCUAUGAGGAAGCAGGAAUAUCAUUAAACAUACUCUACCAGGCAAUGGACAAUUUCUCAAGAGCAGCUGAUGACUUUUUCCAAAUUUACAGAAACUUGCCAGAAAAAAAUCUCAGUGAAUGUGAGAUUCACAUAAUAAACCACCAACUCAUUCGGUUAUCUCGAGCAUUCAUUGUUGACAGAGGUCUUCCAGGGCAACCCCACUACAAAAAUGUGUUGAUGGCUCCUCAUCCGGACAAUAUUAAUGAACAGCUUAUAUUCCCAGGUGUAAUAUCAGCAGCCCUGGAAGGACAGAGUUCAAAAGACUACAAUCUGUUGAAGGAGCAACUUGCUGUGUUGGUCUUGGCUUUCCAAACAGCAGAAGAUGUACUUAGUGAUGGCUUGAUUGGUCGAGAUGAAUGGUAGCCUCUUGUUAUCGUCAUUUCCAUUGUUGACGUCAACAGACCAUUCAUCUUUCUCACUUCUCAUUUCUUCCACCAUUAUUGUUUUUAUUUUUCUUAAAUAUGUUUUUUUACAUUUCUUUUAAUUUGAUUUUUGACUAAACCUUUUUAUUUCAUUUCUUAUAUUUUCAAUUUUCAAUUGAAUUCUUC